AUGUCAAACCAAGGCUUUGAAACGUGGAACCCAGGUUCCGCCAACGGCAAGGGCUAUCACAAUGUUAAUAGCGCUAUGCUGAAUUUAAACGACGACUACGCACACAUCUUGAGUACUCUAGUGCACAACAGCAGCUCGCAAGCCCCAAACGGUGCCAGGAUUGGACAUAGAGACCAACCGCAGGGUACGCCUGCGGCGCAUGCCGGCUCGGAUCUGGGGACCACAAAGGACCAAACCGGCAACGCUGACUCCCAAAGCAUCAAGAAUCCUAAUAGCAAUAACAAUGGUAAUAAUAAUGAUAAUAAUAAUAAUAAUAAUAACAAUAACACUGGCAAUGGCGACCAACAACCGAACCUCGAUCUUCUGCUGCAGUAUUACCAGGAGCUGUUUAGCCGUUCUGGCGGUGCAGCCGCGGAUUACAACAAAAGUCCCACCAAUAGCAGCCAUACCGGUCAGGCCAACGGUCCUACUGAUGCGUCGCGUUCACAAAACCCUACUCUCACAUCUAAAGCGCUAGCGGCCAUGGGGAACAAGUCUGUGAUCGCCGAAAAACCGUGCGACCACUGUCGUAGAAAGCAAAUCAAAUGUGUGAUAGUACCAGAUUUGAGCAACUGUGUGCAAUGCGAAACUAAGGGAAUCAAGUGUGUCACGUCGGAACGGCCAGAAAUUAGUGAAAUUGGUCAAGAUAGGUCCAAGCGUAAUCGUGUAGACGAGAACGUUAACGUGCACGAGCUCCUCAAAAGGUCUAGGCCCAAUGGUGGUGACACAGUCUCUCAGUAUUAUACGGAUUUGUUACAAAACUUGAAUCAGUCAUCGAGCGGUGGAAGGAAAAGUUCUGACAAUACCAACGUAACGGCAGCAACACAGUUCUCGACGCCUUAUAUCCCCUUCGAUACCCCUGGUCAAGUCGAUCUGGGCCAAAGCUCUACAAAUAGCCUCCAAAAUGGUGCUUCCCCUUCGCACAUAUCGGCGUUUCCUAGCUACAAUUCGGCCCACCAAAAUAUUCCGUUCGUUCAGCCGCCCAUUCAAUAUCCCAGAUCUUCCUUUUAUGUCGGUCCCACCUCAGUCUUUGACAUCAAUCUCGUGAAUCAUGUCAAAUUAGACAAAAUCGACCAGGUGCAGCUCUGUAAGACGCUCGCUCUGCGAAAAGUCGCCCCCAAUGUUCAAUUUCUACUCCGAGACGAUCUGAACCAACAACUCUACAUGAAACAAGAACAAGAGGUUGAUAUGGUUGAAAAGCUAGUUCAUCCCCACGGGAAAAUAUUGGUUGACAUCUUCUUUAAACUUAUACACCCUCAGUUCCCCAUUUUACACGAAAGAGUGUUUCUGGAAAAAUACUCUAGAUCAUAUCGGGAGUUGACGGCACCUCUUUUAGCUGCGCUCUAUUCACUCUCUCUACAGUGGUGGGAUUUCCAUCCUCAGCUUGUUGGCUUUCCAAAACCUGACGUGAUUGACAAACUGAACGAAAUUGCCUUGAGGACUUUCUUCGACGUCAUAGAAAGACCAAAACUCAGCAUUGUUCAAACUGGACUAUUAAUAUUACAAUGUCGAAGCGAAAGCUCUAGUAAUUGGGCUAUUUGUUCAGAAGUAGUAGCCUUAGCUGAAGAUCUAGGGUUAGGCGUCGACUGCCAAGACUGGAGGCUGCCUCGUUGGGAGAGGGGUCUUAGACGAAGGCUAGCAUGGGCUGUGUGGCUACAAGAUAAGUGGACGUCGAUGAUGGAGGCAAGACAUUCUCAUUUAAUCCUAGGCAGAAACUGGCUUGUAAAAAUGUUAACGGAUGAAGAUUUUCCUGCAAUUAACCCCUCCAAAAAUUCACCUGUUAAUGGAUCACAGUCGAAUGUUCAAAUGCUGAGAGACGUCACCAGUCCGACUGGCAAUAAAUCAAUGCUGGACUUAUCACCAUCCCCAGAUGAUUACAGGAAUAGCAAAUUGAUGUUUCAACAUAUGAUAUCAUUAAGCAUUAUCUUGGGAGGAGUUAUGGAUACCUUUUACACUUUGGGCGCUCUCGAGACCGUCACUAGGAUAGAUCAAGUUCUGAAGUUAGCGAAACCUCUCCAAUUAAAAAUGCGAGAGUGGUACCAUUCGUUGCCAACUGAACUCUCUAUGGGUUCAUUUCAGGAGCGCAGAUUCAACAGCAAUGCUUCCUUGACUCUUUCGUAUUUUGCUGUUGAAUUAACUUUGCAUCGAAGGAUAAUAGUCACUCUGAAUAACGACACGUCGCCCGAAUUAGUUCAGGUGUGCAGAUUGGCCGCGAAAACAAGAUUAAUUGCCGCCAUCGAAUUCGUACGGGAUCUGAAAUUUGAACAUAUCAAUUCUUUCUGGUACACUUGCUCUACUGGAAAUCUUACGCUGAUUGGAACGUUUGCGGCUUUAUUGUAUAUUACUGCACCGACUAAAGAUGAGGCUACAAUUUUUAGAGACUGUUUGAGAAAUUACGUUUGGAUACUAAGAAUGAACUCGAAAAGCUUUGAAAAGGCUGGUAACAGUUUGCAAAGAAUACAUAUGCUUUUGGUGCAAAUUCCAGGCUUACUGACAGAUGACCCACCUGUAUCUCAGGCCCCUCCGCCACCAACCUUCACCCAAAGGUCAUUGUCUCCACUCGCACCGCCACAGCAAGGAGAGAAUCAAAGUUUAAUGUCUUCUGGUGCCAUUGCACAGAGUCCUUUUGGUGCACAAUCUAUUACAAAUCAAAUGAAAAACCUGCCGCCGGACAUUUUACAUCAGCUGGUUAACAUCCACAACAACAUGCCAACCAUUAGCACAUCAAAUAGCCCCGACAAGGCACAACGGCUGCCACACCAUUCGGCUAACGAUGAUUCGGGCGCUCGUGAAGCGUUGAACGAACUGAGCCGUAUGUCGCCAGCCACAAGCUCUUCUGGUGAAAAGCACUCCCCCAGAAAAACUCCAAAGGGCCGCAAUCUGGAAGAUGACUCGCCACCUGUGUUGAGACAGUCCAUUAAGGAAGGUAGUCAGGCUGCAGACGUAUCUUCAAGGAUCAACAUAAAGUCAAAAAUGUUGACCCCGCAAAGCGUCACAGGUGGUACUGGGAGAAAUAGUAAGUCUUCGAAUUCCGGCGAGUACCAAGUUUCAAAUAGUAUCAAUUUUGACAUGCAAAAAGACAGGCUGCUUGCUUCGCGUACACCGGGAGAGGACUCGAACAUUUCUGAAGAGUCUGUGGAAGCUGGUAGUUCAAUUUCUCAAACUACCGGGAAAGACGAUAUUGUUGGCAACGAACAAGAGCUCGACCAGCAAGGACAGGAUUAUCAGCAAGAUACAACUCAUGAAAUAUCCUGA